CCUGAGUUGGACCCAAACUAAUCAUUUUCGUCAAGUUCCCCGCAAACCUCCGAGCCGCAUCCAAUUGAUUGCACUCUCUCCAAUCGCAAAUAUAGCAACGACAUGUCAAAGACAAAGACAAAGCGCGCUCGUCGCGAGCUCAAGCGCGAAGGCGAGAAGAAGAUCUUUGCAUUCCACAAAAAGAACGCGAAAGCAGCGGCCGACUCCAAACCCACGGCAAAAACUCCGGCGAACAAAAAGCAGAAGAUGAGCGCACCAAACGCAGCAGCUACAUCGACAACAACGCCCGCCCACACACAACCCCCAAAGAGGAAGCACAAAAUCCCCUUCGGCGAGUACGACCACAUACUCCUCGUCGGCGAAGGCGACUUCAGCUUCACGCGCUCCCUCGCCAUAGAACACGGCUGCGCGAACGUAACCGCAACGAGCUACGACGACGAAGAAGACGUCCACAGCAAAUACCCCUCAUUCCCAGAAAUUCAAACCGAGCUCUCGUCCCUCACACCACCCGUCCCCCUCCACCACGACAUCGACGCAACAAAACUAUCCAGCUACAAACACCUACGGUGUAACCGCGACGACGACGAUGACAACGACGAAGAAGGCUGGGACACAAUCGCCUUCAUGUUCCCGCACACAGGCGGUCUAUCCACCGACGUGAAUAGACAAGUGCGCGCCAACCAAGCCCUCUUGGUAUCCUUCUUUAAAUCCUGCCUCGACACCUCGAAUCCCAAACGGCGGCUACAAAUCCUCCGGAACCAAGACGAUAACAAGAAAGGCAGCCCGCCCCAGCAACCCAUCCGCCCCUUCCUCCGCAUGGGUGGCAAGAUUAUCGUCACGCUCUUUGAAGGCGAGCCGUACACGCUGUGGAAUAUCAGGGAUCUGGCGCGCCAUGCGGGGUUGAAGGUGGUGGAGAGCUGGCAGUUUGAUUGGAGCCAGUAUCCGGGGUAUCAUCAUGUGAGGACGCUGGGGGCGAUGGAGACGGGGUGGAAGGGCGAGGAUAGGGCAGCGCGCAUGUUCGUGUUUGAGAAGAUUCCGUUGGUGGCGGAUAGUGAUGAGGAGAAGGAGAUGGCGAGGCAGGCCAAGGUGGGGAGGGGUGGGCGGUUGCCGAGUCAGAAAGAGGCAAUGAAGAGGGCGUUGGAGGAGGAUGACGAGGAGGAUGAAGAUGACGAGUGAGCUGGAGAUGGCGGAUGCGCGCAUGAUGGAGCAAAAUCUCCGAUGUUGAGAACAAAGACGCUCGUGGCUGAGGCGCAAAGUGGUCAUUGAGCUUAAGAACAAUACCCAAGGCCUUGAAGUCCUACCUAUCUACACAUGAAAGAACCAGGUACGCCGACCCAUUCCACACCGAGCAGAUACCCAUACCAAAACGCCACGCUAUACCGGACUAUCAUACAAGUGCCGCUAGAAGAAAGAAAGAGAGACAAAACAUCACAUAACAUAAACCUUCCGGACCUCGCUCUCAGGCCACUGCUUGCCGCUCAGUCCUUCCGCCGGAUCCCUCACG